UGAAACAAAGAAACCUUCUAGAAAACCCACAAUUACCCAAUUAAAAUAGUACUAUCUUUUAUCGACAUUACAUUGUCGCCUCUUCCACCCUUCCCCUCAUAUAUAAAAACUGACAUAGUUGUAAAAAUGAUACAAAGCCCAAGUAACCCUUUGUUUUUUUUUUUUUUGAAUGAGAGUUGCUAUCAACAACUACCAUAGUCUACUGUUUCAUCUCCCAAAAACGCCCAAAAUAAGCAAAGUUUGUAAUAACAUUAUUACUUGCAAAACCAUCAUGUCUGAGUUACCAAAUAAUAAUGAAAUCAAUACACCAAGAUUAGUUGUUAAAAAGGUUUUGGCUCAAUCACAGCGUGAAGGUGAUGGUGCUACCGUUCGACGUAGCAUUGGCAGGCCAGGAUUGAAGUUCUUGGAUCCUUUUCUUAUGUUGGAUGAAUUUUCAGUUUCUGCACCAGCUGGAUUUCCGGAUCAUCCACACAGAGGAUUUGAGACAGUCACAUACAUGUUGGAGGGAGCUUUUGCACAUCAAGAUUUUGCUGGACAUAAGGGAGUGAUUAAAACUGGUGAUGUGCAGUGGAUGACUGCAGGAAGAGGAAUAGUCCAUUCAGAAAUGCCAGUUGGGGAAGAAAUUAACAGAGGUUUGCAACUUUGGAUCAAUCUAUCAUCCAAAGAUAAAAUGAUUGAGCCAAACUAUCAAGAAUUGUUAAAUGAAGACAUAGAAAGGGCAGAGAAAGAUGGAGUUGAGGUGCGAAUAAUAGCCGGAAACUCAAUGGGAAUUCAGUCUCCAGUUUAUACUAGGACUCCAACCAUGUACCUGGAUUUUACACUACAACCAGGAGCUCAAUUCUCUCAACCAAUACCCGAGUCAUACAACGCCUUUGUCUACAUUAUAGAGGGUGAAGGCGUUUUUGGAUCAUCAAGUUCAAAACCAAUUUCAGCUCACUAUUGCCUAGUUUUGGGUCCUGGAGAUGGCUUAAAUAUAUGGAACGUAUCGUCGAACAGUCUACGGUUUGUGCUUAUUGGAGGGCAGCCUAUAAAUGAACCAGUGGUGCAAUAUGGUCCUUUUGUGAUGAAUUCACAAGCCGAAAUUGAGAAGACAUUUGAAGAUUAUCAGCUGGGUAAUAAUGGAUUUGAGAUGGCCAACUACUGGAGGUCUCAGCAAUAAUAUAGGUAGCUGCAGCUUGCUGUCUAUGUGUUUGCAUGUGAUUCUCUAGAGGAUAAAUAAAGAACCACCAGGGUUUUGUUCAUACCGUUUUAUUUCUCGUUUCUUAUCCUUUAUCAUUACAGCAGCUGAAUAAUGGAUAUUUACUUAUUCAAUUAGUUUGAAGAAACCAUGAAAUAAUCUUAUUCUAGUUUUGUUUGAAUUUGUAUCUUCAACUACGUUAGAAUGGAUGCUAUUUCUCAUUAUUAUGCUAUAUAGAAGCAAAGGUGGCACAAUUUUGUAUUUUGGACUUGGAUGGCAUGAUUUGGACUUGAAUAACAACCGACUUCAGUUCUUAA